AUGGCGUUCAUAUUUCACAAACCUGUGGUUCAAGAAAUGACUGUUGAAGAUACACUUUCUGUUUUCUGUACUCCUGAAUGUAGGGAAAGGGUUGAAGCUUAUAGAAUACACAAUGCUGAGCUAAUUCAAGAUUAUCAAGAUAUAAAAAAUAAAAAUUUCACAUUAUCGAAAAACGAAAAACUUUAUAAAGAAAAGAUUGAAGCUCAGCGAAAGGACAUCAUCAAACUUAAGGAUGAUGUGAGUGUAAAAACAGCCCAUUUCUUAGAAGCUCAGGAGAAAGUAUGUAUUUUAACUAAGGAACUGGAAGAUAUCAGAGACAGAUAUCAAAUUAAUGAACUUAAUAUUAAGAAAUUUGAUUCUUCCAGCAAACUAGUUAAAAACCUGUGCGAUCAACAGCUUGCGUACAAGGAAAAGAAAGGGCGUGGUUUGGGUUACAAUCAGACUCCUCCUCCAUAUAAUGAUAAUUAUACUUAUCUGCCAAUGACUGAGGAGGAGAUGAUGAAUGAGAGUAAAAUGACUUAUGGUUCCAAAAACAACAAGUCGUCUUCUCGUGACAGACAAGUUGAGAAACAGAAGUCUACUCCAUUAAAUUUUGUUUCCAAAGGCUCAAUUGAUACUAACGUUUCGUCUUCAUGUGCAGAUGAUAUUUCUGAAGUAAAGUGUGGAGAUGUUCAUGGGACUAAUGUGUGUGAUCCUAAUGUUUCUAAUGUUUCAGUUGAUGACAGUGUUGCAGAUUUUGAAACAGAAGAGGUUGUCACAUUGAAUGAAAGGUCACAAGAAAAUGUUUCUGAUAAGGGAAUUAAAACAGAAACUGAAUCGUCUUUUCAAAAUGAUCCUGAUAAAAUUAUAAAAGACGAAAAACAUCAUCUGUCUGAAUCUCAUGCCUCUGCUAGUUCUGAUCAACAGGUACAGAAAGAAUCAGAAAAGGCACAUGGAACACAAGCAAAGCAACCUAAGCAAGCUCAGUUAUCUAGACCCAUCAGAUCAGCAACUGUUGCUAGCACUCCGAAUCUCCAUACAUUGAAGCGACAAACUUGUUUCAACUGUGGAAUUCCUGGACACAUUGCUAGAAAUUGUGUUCAUCGUCCAAAUGUGCAACAAAAUGCCAAUACACGCUCUUGUGCUGAUGUUUGUGAGCCGGUUCACAAAAAGCAAAAUGAGCCAAAACGAACAGAUCAAAGUCGGAGGUAUACGAAGUCUGCUUAUCAAGGACAAUCACGAUCUCAUAAGGCUCGUGACAAGGUGAUUGAAAGCUCCAAUAAGGCAGAAAAGACGAAAAAUAGUGCUCAGAGCAACAAGACUUCUGCAAACAACAAAUACAAGCACCCCAAUUCGUCUUCGUUUAAGAGAAAUGUGCAGGCGCAUCCAACGCAAAAAGGACCGGUUUGUCCUUCAGGACCUGCUAGAGCAAAUCAAGCUGCUCAAAAUGUCUUUCCGAUGAAAAGACAAACUUGCUACAAUUGUGGCAUUGCGGGUCAUAUUGCAAGAAACUGCACACAUCGUCCCUAUAUACCCUAUCAUGUGCAAAAUCAGAGGGUUACACCAAAGGAUAAAUACCAUUCCAAGCCGAUGAAGUCUUUAAUCUGA